GAAAGAUGUACGUGUAGUUUGAUCUGGACACAGCAACUAUCUGAGUCAUGAAGACCGCCUGACCUUAACACUGGAUUAUGAACACUAUCUUCAAAGAAAGGAACUGAAAACGUGCCCACACAAUGUCAGUGGCAGUGGAAACCACAGUGUCCAGGGUGCCUCUCCCUCUUCCAACCCACUUUUCCCAUGCAGAGCAGUCCUUCUCCCUCAAAAAGCGACAUGUCCCUUUUUCCUUGUCGUCUAUGUCCAACUCAUCCUACUCUUCCCCUAGCCGGCUCUCACAUUCUCUGCCCCCGCUGCCACCAUCCAAGGGAUGUCCCCCUCUGAGUAGGAUGUUCCCCCAGCAUCCAUCCCCCUGGACACCCCUGUCUUGUUCCCUUAGAAAGUCUCCCCCUCCAAAUUCUGUAUAUGAUCCCAGCAAACAGCAAACCUAUUUCAGUCAGUGCUUCACCAAUUUGGGCCUACUAGGAAGAGGAUCCUUUGGAGAAGUCUACAAGGUGCAAAGCAACAAGGACGGUCAUCAGUAUGCAGUGAAGCGCUCUGCUCAUCGCUUCAGGGGUAACAGUGAGAGGAACCGGAGUGUGAGGGAAGCCAGGAACCAUGAGCGCCUGUGUCCUCACCCUCACAUCCUGAAUUUUGUGGCAGCCUGGGAGGAGUGUGGCCGACUGUAUAUUCAGACAGAGCUGUGUAGCACCAGCUUGCUGCUCCAUGCUGAGAACCAGCCUCCUGGUCCAGAUGAGCCUGCAGCGUGGGCCUACCUGUGCGACAUCCUUUCAGCACUGCAACACUUGCACUCUCAUGGUUUUGUUCAUCUGGACCUCAAGCCCGCCAAUGUCCUCAUCACGGACUCUGGACGUCUCAAGCUUGGGGACUUCGGGCUGCUGCUUGAGCUCAAACAGAAGAGUACAGAGCUUGUACAUGGGAAAGUGAAAGAGGAUGCUCAGGAGGGAGAUCCCAGAUACAUGGCUCCUGAGCUUCUCCGGGGGGAAUAUGGACCUGCUGCAGAUGUUUUCAGUCUGGGUGUUUCUAUUCUGGAGCUUGCCUGUAAUAUUGAAGUUCCAAAUGGCGGAGAGGGCUGGCAACAGCUCAGACAAGGCUGCCUCCCCUCAGAGUUUACCAAUGGCCUGUCAACUGAGCUGCAGGCAGUACUGCAGAUGAUGCUGGCCCCAGAGCCCUGUGAGAGACCAACAGUGUCUGAGCUCCUUGCCCUCCCCUCUGUUAGGAAACACAGGUGGAAGAGGCGCAUCUAUCUUAUGGUCGCUGAGACCGUGGUGACACUGGCCUCUCUCUGCCAGUUGGUGGUGUGCUUCGGGUGUAGACUCCUGUCCUCCCUUCAUUUGUCCUUUCUUCCUCGUUGGACCAAGCCAGUGCCCUGCACUCCUCCUAAGGACAGUUGGGACAGGGAUUUAACCCUGCCCCUUGGUGCCAUGAACGCUGACUCAGGGAGCCCAGAGGAUGAUGCAGUGUUUCUGCUGGACCGCACAGACCCAGAGCUUUCCCCCACCUUCUCACACAGGGUCAAAUCCAGAUUGUCUGUGGAAAGCACAUCCACUCCUCUCCCAGGUUCCCCGAUGCGCAAUCACCGAAGUCCUGCCCACACACCCACUCAGCCAAAUCUGGGUGACUGGUCCUCCUGUAACUUGGAUCUGACCCCCUCCAGCAUCCACUCAAAUGGUUCCUGCCACACACUGACCCCCAGUGCAAGCCCCAUACACACAGAGCUUCAUACAGACAGCGUGAAUGAAAAGUCCAUGCAGAGCCGACAUUCUACAUCCACCAAGUCCUCGCAGAGGGGCGGUCGCAACUGGGUCCGAGCAGAGGAGGCUUUACCCCGACCCAACUUUGAACCAAAGAACCUGCUCAGUCUGUUCGAGGAAACAGCUGUGGAGGGACAGCCAUGAGUACAAGACUGCCAGUUUACCUUCAGGGACGUGGUUUUCACUUCAAAGUGUCAGGUGAAAAACAACCUAAUGUAUGAAUGUACCAAGUUCACUACUUAGCUUGUAUGAAUUGUGUGUGUGUGUGGUUUUUUUUUUUUUGCCAUUUCAUUACAGUCCUGCAACUGCUUCUUUUAUGUGUUUGGAAAAAAAAAAGAAUUUAGGGAUAAGGGUUGAAUAUGUAACCAGACCAUAAAGCACUUUUGUUAUGUUUGUGUAAAUGCAAUCUGUUGCUGAAAUGACAACUCAUGGUUUAUUGUUAAAUAAGUUAUCAUUAGCUUUGUGUACUCUGAGUCAUGUACCUCAAGAUUUGCAAAAGAAAAUAAAACAA